UGUUUUGAUGGAAAAGAAAAACAUUUUAAUUAGAGAGAUAUAAUAAACUUAAAUAAUUUUGAAAAGAACUGUUGUUGAAGCUUGCUUGUUUAUUAUUAGCCAGCAUAACUUACGAAUGUAUGAUGUUACGUCCUGCUACUUGCUCAUGGUUUAUUUCCUUAAGAAGAUUCGGCUCAACCAAUCUUCCUCCUCCACCUGAAUCUCUCACUACACCUGAAUCUCACAGCCUUCUCAACAGAGUCCGUCUGCUCGCAACUUGUGGCCGUCUUGAUCAAGCUCUUUCCCUCUUCUACGCCAACGGAGAAACUCAUUGCGAUCAAAUUUACGCUUCUUUAUUCCAUGAAUGCGCCCGCCAUGGUUCCCUCAGAGAAGGUGUAUCACUGCAUCACUACAUGGUUGGCCACAGCCCCACCACCCAGCAUAACCUCUAUGUUACAAACCACCUUCUUAACAUGUACUGUAAAUGUGGCUACUUGGAUUAUGCGCAUCAGUUGUUUGAUAAAAUGCCUGAGAGAAAUCUUAUUUCUUGGACUGCUCUCAUCUCUGGGUAUGCACAAUGUGGACUGACAGACAAUUGCUGUAGGCAUUUUACGAGAAUGCUGUCAGAAUUUCGUCCCAAUGAGUUUGCAUUUGCAAGUGUCCUAACUUCAUGUGUUGAAGGUUAUGGUCAAUUUGGGCUGCAGGUCCAUGCUCUUGCUUUGAAAAUGUGUUUGGACGCAUGUACUUAUGUUGGGAAUGCUCUUAUUACCAUGUAUAAAAGGAGUGGCAUAUGUGAUGGAACAACCGAUGCUUGGACUGUGUUUAAGUUCAUGGAGCAUCGAAAUACCAUAUCGUGGAAUUCAAUGAUUUCCGUGUUUCUGUUUCAUGGGCUUCGAGCUCGAGCUAUGGAUCUUUUCACUCAAAUGCAUAGCAAGGGAAUUAGUUUUGACCGGACCACACUUCUCAGCAUUUUUUCUUCUUUUUUAAGCAACGACAACAACACCGAUAUGUUUUUCAGAUUUUGUUUUCAAAUGCACUGUCUUACUGUCAAAACUGGCUUUGUAUCAGAAGUCAAGGUGGCUACUGCUCUAAUAAAGGCUUAUUCAGAUCUCGGAGGGAAGGCUGCAGACUGUUAUAAGCUCUUCCUCGAGACAAGUUGUGUAUGGGAUAUUGUUUCAUGGACUAGCAUUAUAACAAUAUUUGCAGAACGGGAACCAGAGAAAGCAUUACUUCUGUUUUCUCAAUUGUUUCAAGAAGGUCUAGUUCCAGACUGGUAUACAUACUCUAUUGUCUUAAAGGCUUGUGCAGGUCUUGUGACAGAGCGUCAUGCCUCAGCAGUUCAUUCUCAAGUUAUUAAACUGAGUUUUGAAGGUGACACAGUUCUCGCAAAUUCCUUGAUCCAUGCCUAUGCUAGGUGUGGUUCCAUUUCCAUGUCUAAGCAAGUGUUUGAUGAAAUUGAAGACCGUGAUAUAAUUUCUUGGAAUUCCAUGAUCAAGGCUUAUGCCUUACAUGGACAAGCUAGAGAGGCCAUACAGCUCUUUUGUCAAAUAAACAUUAAACCUGAUCCCACUACCUUUGUUGCUCUUCUUUCUGCUUGUAGCCAUGCUGGAUUGGUAGAAGAAGGAAUUAAGAUGUUUGAUUGUAUGCAAAGAAGUUAUAGCAUUGUUCCUCAAGUUGAUCACUACGCCUGCAUGGUUGACCUUUACGGGCGUGCAGGGCGAAUUCAUGAGGCUGAGAAACUUAUUGAUGAGAUGCCAAUGGAGCCAGAUUCUGUGAUUUGGAGUGCACUUAUUGCAUCAUGUAGGAAGUAUGGGAAUACUCAGUUGGCCAAGUUUGCGGCGGUUAAGCUAAAGCAAUUGGAGCCUAGAAAUUCGUUAGGCUAUGUACAAAUGUCAAACAUACAGUGCUACAGUGGUAACUUUGAUGAAGCAGGUGCUGUUUGGAACGAAAUGAAGGACUAUCGAGUGAGAAAAGAACCUGGAUUAAGUUGGGUUGAAGUCGGGAAUCGGGUUCAUGAGUUUGCCUCAGGAGGUCAACGUCAUCCAGAGAGGGAGAUUAUAUGCAGCAAGCUUGAAAGACUAAUAGGGAAAUUAAAGGAAAUGGGUUAUGUUCCAGAGACGAACUUGGCCUUGUAUGAUUUAGAGGAGGAACAAAAGGAAGAGCAUUUGUAUCAUCAUAGUGAGAAACUUGCAUUGAUGUUUUCUGUAAUAAAUGAAGGUCAUUUAAAUGCUCGUGGGAGUGUCAUAAGAAUUGUAAAGAACAUCAGGAUUUGCGUGGAUUGCCAUAAUUUCAUGAAACUAGCAGCAAAUCAUCUUCAAAGGGAAAUAAUGGUGAGAGAUUCAAACCGCUUUCACCAUUUCAAAGAUGGAAUAUGCUCUUGUAAUGACUACUGGUGAGAAACUAGUUCCAGACUAGGGAUUUCUCCUGGUGCCAUAAUCACAAACAUAGACAUCAAUGGAUGGAUUGAAGUCAUCUUAUCGAUCUUUGUAAAUAAUUGUUGCUGCAGUUCUCUUGAUCAUCCAAGAUUGAGUGCUAUUGCUAUCUGGUGAAUACUUACAUCAGUGGACUGUCAUAAAUUUGACAAGUUGCCUCAAUUUGAUGAUCAAACCAAAGGCAUCUCUAGUCAUUGAGCACCAAUCCUUACGAUACAUGUGCAGUUGAACGAGAUGAACUGCAUCAUAUUUAUUAGAACUGGACCCAGCAUACUGAGAAUUAUUUGGAAGUGAAAAUAUUUUGAGAGUGGACUUGGUUGGAAUUCGGAGAAAAUUUUAUAUUUCCUCAAAAUUUUAUAUUACAUCGAAGUCUUUUUUCUUCCUACGACCAAUACUGUUGGCUCCAACUUCGGAUAACCAGCAGUAUUCCUAGUAAAGUUGCUGUAAUCAUUUAUUGAAAAUAAAAAAUCUAACGAGAACUGAAGUUGCUGCAUACUGAUCAAA